AUAUUCGAGACGACCUUAUCUCCUGGCUCUGACACCCACGUCAUAAAUGCAGGCGGGGUACAAUGCGCAUUCCGGGGUAGGUUACUUUUACUCGUGGAGAUCGAACAAAUCAGAGUUAGCUAGUAACAGUGGUUUUCUAAUAGGUGUGGUGUUGUACUACAGCGAGGGCAAUUAAUAUUACGGGUUGACUACCUACCUAAUCUAUCCCGAGACGAGAAUCAUUAGAUAGGCUUUUGGGCUGUUCGAUUCUUCGCUUUACACGGCCCAUGUCAUAUAGAGUUGGUGAACUUAGGACGUCUAGAAAAAGUAUGAAUAUGAACUCUGGUAAGAUUCAUAAGGUGAGAGUAAGAGGUUAGUAUACCAACAUAUAGGAGACUAUGAGAUCGCGUUGAUUCAAUAGACCUAAAAAAAAAAAAAAAAAAAAAAAAAACUCUUGUUAAAUUCAUCGCCUUGGUAUCCGAUGCUGGUAGCAGGAAUCGCGCCACCAGGGUGAGGCUGUGAAAUUCCUUUUAAUUUGGUGUUGUAGGUAAGAAUGAGGGGUUACCAGAACGAUGACACCCUCUAAGCCUCUAAGCAACAGCCGUUCAUGUACGCUAACAAGGCUGUGCGAGAAGUUGAAAAGAGUUGAAGGAACUUUAUAUUUAUUUAUUUAUAUUUCUUUUCUUAUUCUUAUUCUUUAUCUUUUUUUUUCCUUCAUCGGUUUCAGAUUUCAUUCGUGUCAACAUUUGUAAAUUUUGGAAUGGAGAAGCCUGCUAAUGUUCGUAUUUAUGAGGCACUUCCUGCAGAUGGUUCUCAGAUUCGGCUAGUAACAAUUCAUCCGGGGGAUACAACCGACAGUGUUGAAUGCACCGUGGAAAACUUCCCUUUCGUCGAAACUAGAGGCAGUUACAGCUACGAAGCGCUCUCAUAUGUAUGGGGUGACGCCACUAGCUCAACUUCUAUCUCCCUGAACGGAGCAAGUUUCCAAGUAACAAGGAAUCUCGAGAAUGCAAUACGUGCCUUACGACUCCAAGACCGAAAAAGGAUUGUUUGGAUAGAUGCAUUAUGUAUCAAUCAAACCAAUAUCCAAGAGCGAAACCAAGAGGUCCGUCGCAUGGGCAAGAUAUACAGCCAGGCCGAGCACGUUGUCGUAUGGCUAGGUCCGGAUACUACUAUCCAAGGCGAAUGUGUCGCUGGUAAGACGAUCGACUUCCUGAACUUACUGGCAGAUGCAAGUCCCCAAGACCCCGAGGCCGCGGCCACAGCUAUGAUCAAAGCGCCUAAUGGAUUAUAUUCGGUACAACUAGUACAUAAGUUCUUCUACCAGCCGUGGUUCAAUCGUGUCUGGAUCCUUCAAGAAAUCGUGCUAGCGAAGACUGCGACAAUUGUCUAUGGAGACCGGCAGAUAGGAUGGGAUCGACUCCUUGGGGCCAUAGACGCCCUGCGUAGGCUUCAGCUUGGACAACACACUCAUAUCUGGCGACUAAGUGGCGCGGCAAGAGCGGAUAGUGUGCGAAUGUGUUGGCUAAGAGUGCGCAAUGCUAGGUCGGAAGAAAAACCUUCUCGGUCAAUACAUCUCGAGCUAGCUGAUUUACUCUGGCAGACGCGCUUUUUUGGGAAGAGCGAACCUAGGGAUAGGUUAUAUGGAAUCCUUGGUUUAUUAAAAUUCGACGUGAGUAGUGAAAAACUCCUCGAGGUGGACUAUAAGAAACCCGUCGCGGAUGUUUUUAGGGAUUUGGCGAUUUUUAUGUUUAAGGGAGGUAUGCUGUCCCAUGCUCUUUGCUCCGUGGUGGAUUCUAUGGAGGACUUACCAUCGUGGGCAUCAACUUGGACAUCCGAAUUAAAGGGCGAUGCCGCCUCGAGGCUUUCCCCUGGACUCGCAACCUACAUGCAAAUUCAUGAACUAAAAGGGCUACGAACACCGCCAAAUGCACCGCAUUUCUCGACUGAUCUCCGCCAAAUUACGCUUAGGGGACACGUUUUUACCCCUGGUAUCCAACAUACAGGUAAAGGCUUCAAGCCGCACGAAUCCAAACUGUCAACAUAUGAUGAGUCGAUAAGCCUCUGUCAUGCGCGGCUUGUCGAAUGGGAAGAUGAGAUGCAGCGUCAGGAAUGUUCACGCGCGAUAUUUAAAACGAGGGACGAGCGACGCAAAGCCUGGAAAUAUGCCCUUCUUCACGAGCUACCCGGGGGUGGGGUCGAGACGAUUAAGAAUUACGACCUAUUAACAAAUCGUAAUGGAAAUGUACCACAAGUAAAGGAUGGCCCUUUAAUAGUCCGCGCCAUGGUAGAUUUGCAGUCAAAGUUAGGAAUACAUUGUAACUUCCGUAAGCCUUUCAUUACGGCGUCCGGCCUGAUGGGAAGUACAGGUGCCAAUCGGGAAGUUCAAAUUGGAGAUAGGGUGUGCGUGUUUGUUGGUUCGGCAGUGCCAUAUAUACUACGGCCAUUAAGCCCAUCCAGAGGGCUAUACAUGUUCAUAGCUUGUUGUUGGGUGCCAGAACUCGUUGGGUUAGAUGUGCUUGGUGGACAAAAUGAGGGUCUCUGGGAGCUUGAAGAUAUUACGCUCGUAUGAUUGGAAAUGCGCCAGAGCCCCAUUAUAUACCUACCUCUAUAUAGACGAAUGAUAUAUUGAACAUAUUGGUUGCUGUAUCGCGUUCUUACCGCUCCUAGUUUUCCCAUUAUAGCAAGCCUAAAAACGUCGGUAGUUGUGCCGGUUAUCGUAGCAAAUAUCCUCAAGGGGCGGAAACACCCUGUUUCGCAGCAUGCUGUCUUCGGGCCUCCUCUUUCAGCUUCUCAUCAUCAGGACGGCUUAGUUCAACCUGGGGCAUCAUGAACCAAGAAAUGACAAACGCGAGAGCAGCUAGGGAUGCCCCUACAAGGAAUAUCACCCGGAAUCCGCGGCGGUAUGCAGGUACAAGGACUGAACGGAUCCUCAAUGACUCAUCAAAGGGCAAAGACGACAGAUAAGAUUGCGGGCUGUUUAGGAGGCCUUUAAGAUCGUCGCCGUUGACUUCUAGCGACGAAAUAGAGCUUGCUAGAAUAUUAUUCCUGCGAAGCAAGUCAGUUUAAAAAACCAUUUCAAAAUUGAACC